ACCUCAUUUCUAGACCUAUAUAUGCAAGACUGUGAAAUGUGUGAAACCUGUGUAAUCUAAUGUGAUGAGUGUUGUGUCGAAAAGCAUACUGUGAAAAAGGUAUUGUGCCAAAUACCUAGAUUUUGUGUCGUCGGUACUCUUUGCUAGAAGAAUAAGAAGAAUAAAGAAACAUAAAUCGAUCAUAGAGAGUGCUGGGCAUUUUGUUACCACACUAUUGUAUUGAAUUUGAAGAAUACUUGAAAUGUUUACUGUGCAUUGAACUUGAAGAAUAAAUUGCCAUAUUACUAUUCGUAAUCAAUAAGAAGACAAGGAUUAUCAGACAGCCAGAAAUUAAAGCCUAAUUAUUUUAAACUAAAUUCGAAAUAAUUUAUAUUUAAAACCAAACCAUAAUUGAAUCAAUACAUAUUACAGUAGUAGAUCCUUUGCUUAUUUAUUGCAACAAUGAAUCCAACACGAUCGACAAAUCUCCGUCGUGAUGAGGAGUCCAAAUCAGUUCAGAAUAAAGGAUACAAUGCUGGUUCUUUCCUACAUUCAAGAACAGAAGAAGAGAAACAGAGGCGUAGAGAGCAAUGGAAAAUUCAACAGGAAUUAGAGAGACGUCAUGAAAAAUUGAAGCAACAGAAGAUAAUAGAAUACGAGAAAAAACGUGCUGAAGCUUUAAAGUAUGCUAAAGAAAAAUCUUCACAUCGUAGUCGAAGCAGAAGUAGUAGUACAUCUCCCUCGCACUCUUGGCACAGAGAAAGAUCUACAUCAAGUAUUUCCAAAUCUGGUACUAUGUUUGAAAAAUUAGAUGGAUCUACAAGUGGGACAGUACCUUUGUUUAAAGGUCCUGAGGGCCCUUUAGUCAAGAUUACUACUACAGAGCUACGUCGAAUUAAAGUUGAUAUUCGCAGAAAUAUUCCUGAAAAAGGGCCUAUUACUGAACUGAAACGAGAUAUCCUUGAUCCCGAAGAUGUAAUCGUCAAAAGAAGAGACGAUGAAGGUUCCAAACCGAUAUUUGACCGAGCAGAAAUUAAACAGUCAAAAAGUAAUGUGAAUGAAGUGGAGGAGCAACGUACAGUUGUAGCCAUAGAUAGGAACCAGUCAGCUUCAAGCAAGUCGCAUACUUCCAGAAGACGUUCUUCAUCAUUGAGUCCUCUGAGGAAUCGUAGUUACAGUCCUGCACAUCUGUCUUUCGAUCAAUCCAGACCUCGCAGAGAUUCAAAGUACCGUGAAAGUGCCAGAAUAGAUUACCGUGAUUAUCAUAAAAUUGAUGGAGGAAAUGGCAUAGAGAAACACAGAGACUACAAAGAGAAAUAUGUAGAGAGAGAUGCAAGUAAACGUAACAUUAAUCGUUCACGUUCUAGAGAACGAGACUCACAUUCCAGGCAAUGUAUGGAAGAAAAACCUUAUCGCGACCGAUACUAUGAUAGAUCGAGUGAACGUUCUCAUGAGAGAAGAGAGAGAGAACGAGAUAGAAAUAGAAAUAAGAGAGAAUCGAGAUCGAGAGAAAGAAGAGAUUUAACGCCGCAUUAUAUUGAGCCAGUACACGUACCCAUCUAUUAUAGCAAUUUUCCGCGACCGAUCGUAGUAAGUCCAAUGGUUCCAGUUAGAGGACAAAUUCCUCCUAUGGGAAGAGGUCGGCAUCUAAUGGCGCCAGUUAGACCAUUUUCGCCACGAUUCGUUCCACCGGACAUGUAUAGAUUUGGACCUCCCCCAAAUCCUAGUAAAUAAAUAGAAGUACACACAUAUCUGUGUAGUACAAAGAUAUGGACCAAUGUUUUAAUGCAAAGAAACACAUGGAAUUGAGAUUCGUCUACUUCACGAUUAUAAAAGUGUCCUGUUUUGUUAGUAAUGUGACAUCUGCUGAUACUACAUUUGUAUGUAUGAUUAAGUAUAGCGAAUUUUUAAUAUAUUUUUAAUUUGUCAAUUCGUAAUAUAUUCAAUACUGUUGCUUGUGUUAUGUAAAACGUUAAUUAAGUAAAAAAUAAUAUAUGGAUAAUUUGAAAACGAAAA